GUCCCCCCCCCACCCCCGCCCCCAGGCCGCUUGCUCUCCGGAGGGGUGGGGGAGAACUGCCUGCCGGAUCGCUGGGUUUUGCCUCCAAACUUCACCCUCCUCCCCCCCCACACACACACCUAAGCCCCCACCCCCCACUUUCCAGCAGCCUGGCGCUCAAGGCGAAGAUGUCCCGGUCCAACAGGCAGAAGGAGUACAAAUGCGGGGACCUGGUGUUUGCUAAGAUGAAGGGCUACCCCCACUGGCCUGCUAGGAUCGACGAGAUGCCAGAAGCCGCUGUCAAAUCCUCCUCCAAUAAAUACCAAGUCUUCUUCUUCGGGACCCAUGAAACGGCGUUCCUGGGUCCCAAAGACCUCUUCCCCUACGAAGAGUGCAAGGAGAAGUUCGGGAAGCCCAACAAACGGAAAGGGUUCAGCGAAGGCUUGUGGGAGAUUGAGAACAACCCGACCGUCAAAGCCUCUGGGUAUCAGCCGACCCAGAAGAAGAGCUGCCCGGAGGAUGCUGAACCUGAGCAGGAGCCGGAGGGCGACGGUGAGAAGAAAGGCAACGCGGAGGGCAGCAGUGACGAGGAGGGCAAGCUGGUGAUCGACGAGCAAACCAAGGAGAAGAACGAGAAGGCUGGGAUCAAGCGGAAAGCGGAAGAUGCCUUGGAGGACUCCCCUAAACGCGCCAAAGAGGCGGAGGGCCAGGAAGGGGAGAAGAAAGUAGAGAAUGAAGAAGGCCCCAAGGAGGGAGAGAAACAGAAGCCCAGCCCCGCCGAAGGGGAGAAAGAGAAGAACAGCGACCCCGCUGGAGUCCCGGACGCGAGAGAGGCCAAGCCAGAGGGGAAGGAGAAAGCCGCCGCGGAGGAAAUCAGAGAUCACAAGGAGAGUCUGUAGCUGGCCGGCCUUCCCAAGCUGAGCUGAUCGUCUGGGCUGUUCCUUUCCCGCUGGGCUCCCUGGGUGCUAAACAGUUUCGUUCCUCAUCGGCUCGUCGCAUCUGCAAUUC